CCCGGCGCUCUGGAGACGCCAGACUCCUCCGCUGCUCUCAGCGACAUGAACGGGCUCUCCUCACCCGCCUUCGAGGAGAAGAAGCCUUCCCUCCCCAUGAGCUGCCUCUCGGCCACCAAAGACUCCCCGACCCUGCCGGAGUCCUCCUCCCCGGACAUGGGCUUUUACAGCGGACACGGUGCGCUCCACGGCGCGCAGGAUUUCUACGCGGCGGCGCAGCAGCAGCAGUACUCGGGGCAGCACAUGAACCCUUACGCGUACCACUACAACCUGCACGGGAUGGGGGGUGCUUACCCUGUGGGCAAAGCAGAGUACACGUACCCACAGUCCGCGUACCGGGAGCACGGUGCGUACAGCCGGGAGGCCGCGGCGCUUCAGGACGUGAAAGAGGAGCCGGACGUGGAGGUGCGGAUGGUCAACGGGAAGCCGAAGAAGAUCCGGAAACCUCGGACCAUUUACUCCAGCUACCAGCUCGCCGUCCUGCAGAGACGCUUCCAGACCGCCCAGUACCUCGCUCUGCCGGAGAGAGCCGAGCUGGCCGCUCAGCUGGGACUCACCCAGACUCAGGUCAAGAUCUGGUUCCAGAACCGUCGCUCCAAGUUCAAGAAGCUCUACAAGAACGGGGAGUUUCCUCUGGGCGACAUUCCUCUGGAGCACAGUCCGGACGCCAGCGACUCCAUGGCGUGCAACUCCCCCCCCUCCCCGGCUGUGUGGGAAAACAACACCAACAACGAGGGCGGCGACACAAACGUCAGCGGCGACGUCAAGAGUAACGCCAUGAUGGAUCCCAGCAGCAGAGUCCAGGAUCCCUUCCAGCCGCCACUGGAUUCCUCGCCCGCCUGCAUGGGAGAGUUCCCCCCCCAGGACUGGUACCAGCAGCAGGGGCCACAUUUAGGACUUCCUCCGGCGGGGCCGACGGAAGCGUCAGCCUCACAGAGUCUGGGGGUCUACUGACAGCGCCUCGCAGGGACUCCUCUGGAGGAUUUGGACGGGGAUCAUCCGAGUCCUGACGGUUAAAUUCCCAUGUCUGGAUUUCCUGUGGAUUAGAAAAAGUUCCCCUCGGCUCUGAAGUUUAUGAACUUAUGAACGGAGACAAGAGUGAAGUCAGACUGAUGUCAAAUCCUUAUUUAAAAUCACUGAUGACAGAAAAUAUUUUGUAUAUGUAAUAUUUUGAACCCUAUUUAUGCCUAAAAAACUCCGGCCUUCUCUUAAUUUGGAAAGAGCUUCGGACACAACGUUUUCCCUCCGAACCUGAAUACUACUGACGUUUCCCCGGCUAGAACGGCAAAUUUCAAGAUGAGUUUGGCUUUAAAUUUACUGAAAACUGGACUCUGUUGUCGGACCGUGAACACUGAGAGGCCUUCAAAAUAAAACGUCAGCCGAGACAAACACUGAAUUAUCUACGAGUGGCGGUUUUACUAACCUACUUCAAACCAAUGUUCCAGAGAAACUGUCCUUAAGGACAUUAAGACUUAAUGUAUUUUUGUAGCUUCAGCUCAUUUUAAGGAAAGUCUGUCCUGACAAUGUUUGCGUUUAAAAGUAAUAAAAGUACACACAAUAAUUGGCAGGAAUACAGACUGCUGGUUUUCUGCUGGGCUAGUUGCUAAGUGGGUUUAUCGGAGCUUUUUCACUGAAAACAGCUUCAAUCUGCUGGAAACCAGGUAGCUUUCAGCGGUAUUACAGGCAGGAAACCAAAACAAAGAGCUAAGAGAAGUUAAAUCAUUUAGCAAUGAUGCAUGAGACGUUCAUAGUAGUCUCCCACCAAGCACUCUGCAGAUACGCUCAGCUCUUCAGUGCAUUUAGUGUCUUUCAGCUCCUUGUUUGGGUUGGUUUUCUUUAACUGUACUUUAAGGAACAGCAGCAGCUAACCAAAACCAUGAGCUAAAAGAAGCUCAUCCAUUUGCAAUGACUCAUGAGACGUUCUUCCUCUGACAAUCCCACAGAGCAGUUCCCGUCGGCUCUACGGAGCGUUUUAGUGUCUUUUAGCUCCUUGUUUUGGUUGUGUUUUACCUCAGCUCGCUCUCCUCUUUCCCAACAGAAACACCUGCUGCUUACAGGCCAGACUUUCAAGAGUGAGUGUUGUGAACUCAUGCAAGAGGCGAAAAGGAAUCAACGAAGGCGUCAUUAGGCCUCUCUACGACUUAUCAAUUAUUAGAAAUGCUGGAACUACAACUCCCAUGAUGCAAUGCCUUUAAUGAUUUAGACUCUCCUUAUAAACGCCACAUCUUUCAAACUCUGUGUUGCUUCUGAAGGCUAAUUUCUCCAACUCUACACCAAGGUAACGAUGAAAACUGUGGGAACAAAAGCAAGUUGGUGCUAAACAUAGAAAAUGUAGGUUGUAUUAUAUUCUUGAUAAUGUUAUUGGUGCUGUGCUCAGGUCGUCUUUAUUUAUAGUGCAGCUGUAGAACACAGAGCGGCGCAGCAGUUUGUGCCCGAGGAGCUUUUUUAUUUCAUGUUUCCCAAAAAAUCAUUAAAAAUAAAAUGUCUAUAUUUGAA